AUGCCAUCCAGUUUCUUCGGCCUAGCACGGAGGAGCCGGUCGGUGGGGAACCCCCUUUCCGUCACGUCCGACGCGCUCCGUGGCAUUCUUCAGCGAAUCCCACCGACGAAUAUCUCCACCCUCCCUAAUGGCGUCCGCGUUGCCUGUGAGGAAAACCCUAUCGCCACGAUCGCGACUGUCGGGGUGUGGUUAGACGCCGGAACGCGGUAUGAGGACGCCACCUACGCCGGUACCGCGCGGGUGCUUCAAAAAUGCGGUUUUCUCGGCACCACCAAUCAAACCCGUGAGCAGAUCAAAAAAGCGGUGGAUCGUUUAGGCGGGCAACUCGGCGUCUCCAUUGGUCGCGAGCACAUCUAUCUGUAUAUGAACGUUGAGAAGACAGGGGUUGGGGAGGCCGUCGCCCUCCUCGCCGAUCUCAUCCGCAACGCGGAGCUCAGCGGGGAAGCCAUCGCGAAGGCGAAGGAGGAGGUGUUGCUCGACCUCCGGCGUUUCGAGGAGCACCCGCGGGAGGUCGUGAUGGAUAACCUUCACCGCUGUGGCUACGGCAGCACCAGCCACGGGCUCGGAACCCCUCUUUACGGUAGCGAUGAAGGGAUUGGCCUCAUCACGGGCGAUCCGCUCCACGCGUAUCGCGCGCGAAUGCUCGCCGGGCGGCGGGUGGUCGUCGUGGGCGCCGGCUGCGUGGAUCACACCGCACUCGAGGCGUCGGCGCGGGAGUAUUGGGGGGAUCUCGCGCCCGGUGGCGAGCGGAUCGCCGGACUCCCGACGAGCGAGUUCGUUGGCGGGGAAUAUCGUUUAUGGAAUAUGCGCUACAACACCGUGAACGUCGCGUGGGCUUUUCAGACGUGCGGCGCAGCCUGUGGCGAUAUCGUACCGCUUGCCCUCGCUAGCGAGAUCACGUGGUCGUUUGAGCGCUUCCAGCACGACCUCAGCCAAAACGCGAUGGAUCGCAUCCUCAAGAUCUUCUCCCCUUUGCAUAACUCGAGGGCGGUGAACAAACAAAUCAACGAACAGGGCAUCCAAAUCGUUAACUCGUUCAUGGAAACCUAUAAAGAUGUGGGGCUUUGUGGGAUGUAUAUUGUGGGGCGCUCCGCACAGAAUGAGCCUGGAAACACCGGCGUCGUCGUCGAGGUGCUGCAUCAUACGAUCUCCCAGUGGUGUCGUUUUGCGCGGCUAAAGCUUCCGGAGGACGAGCUCGAGAGGGCUAGGAUCAACCUCAAAUCUCAGCUUCUCCUCGCCAUGGACGGCAGCGCCGAGUCUGCGAAGGAUAUCGGGAAACAGGUGCUCCAAAUAGGCCGCCGUGUUCCACUUCUUGAGAUGUACGAUCGCAUCGAUAGCACGACCGUCAAGGAGGUCCAAAAUGCCUUGUUGCGGUACUUCUACGCCAGCAAACCGGUCUUCAGCUACUUAGGACGCCUUUCGCAUACUCCCAACUACGAGUGGACUCAGUAUUGGACUUCCAAAUUCUGA